AUGGAUUCCUUCAUCGCGGUUGCUGGCUGGGCUCAGCAUGCCAGUCCCCAACCUGGCGGCAGACCUUUCGGCCACUUCAGAUCUCUUUCAUCCAUCGCUAGAUCCCCAUCUCCCAGUCCCAAAGUUGCGAAAACAAUCGGCAGACCACCAUCUGUCGCCGACCUUCCGAUAAUGUCGUCCUCACUGGCUUCUACACCCGCCUCACCUUCUCUACGUCCCACACCACCCCCAGAAGAUGACGGCGAACUGAGCACCCUGCCAGACCCACGUAGCCGAGCCAUGAGCCCAGCGAGCGAUGCUGACGUUUCCCAACAUCACCCCGACUUGAACGACGAAGUAGCAACGCUCAGCACAAAGCUUAUCAACGCAAUCAACCACCAAACCACUCUCGAUGACACAUUGACUGCUACUAGACAAGAGCUGGAGAGGGCGCGGGAGCAAAUAAAGCAACUCGAGGAACAGAAUGCAACACAUCGAGAAAUGCUCGCUGGUGAUAUCUGGGUUCGCCGGAAGACGACGGAUGAAGAGAAAAAGACAAUUUUGGCCCGUGUGGCCCACGAAAAGAAAUUGCGAGAAGAUGUGGAGAAAGAAAAGAAGAAGAUAGAGCAAGAGCUGGAAAACCUGACUACUGCUCUGUUCGAAGAGGCUAACAACAUGGUCAUUUCAGCCAAAGAAGAAGCUCGUAUUGAGCAAGAAGCUCUGCAAAGAAAAAACGACAAUCUGAGAUCCCAGCUAGGCGAUAUGGAGGCUUUGUUGACCUCCCAACAACAGCAGCUUGCCGAUCUCAAACAGGUUAUGGAGCAAAUGGCCCUUGAAAGAGAGGAUACCACGACCGGAACCGCGCCGUCAUCUCCUGGAUUCAGCAAAUCCGAAUUCAAGGAUGACGAACGAUGUGACGGCUCUGUGGCCUCACCCCUUGUCGACCCGACCUCACCAACAUACCCAUUAAGUCUGACUCAUCUCAUACAACCAGUUCUCAGAACUGAUUUGGGUUCGUACGAAGAUUUUGUUGCUCUUACUCGUAUAUCCCGGAACCGUGCUGGUAGCCGUGUCUCUUCAGGCUCCCUUACUGGUCUCAAUGGCCUGGGUCUCGGAAUGGGCGGCAGCACUUCUAGCGCCCACCCUUCAAAUGCAUCAACAGCUUCACUCUCUACCGCCGGCACGCCUGCUACGUCUUCGCCGCAAACCCCAAACACACCAGCCUCAGUUACAAGUACAACAUCAGCCAAUAUAGGACCACCUCCCCCAGCUCUGAAGGAGACAAAAUUCUUCAAGCGUGUCCUCGCCGAGGAUGUCGAACCAACUCUUCGACUCGACAUUGCGCCUGGGCUUUCUUGGCUAGCUCGGCGUAGUGUUUUGAACGCUAUGAGCGACGGAUCGAUUGUAGUAGAGCCUAUUCCAGCCAACGCACCCUUUGCUUCAAUUGUUAAACCGCAGUAUUACCCCUGUUCGUUGUGUGGCGAUUCGCGAAAGAACGAAGAAUACUUACGGACCUAUCGUUUCCGAACAAGCGAGUCAGAAUCAGCGCAAAGGUAUCCUCUUUGCAAGUAUUGCCUGGGACGUGUUAGAUCUACCUGUGACUUCCUGAAUUUCUUGCGCAUCCUAAAGGACGGCCACUGGCGCGCGGACGACGAGGAUGCAGAGAAGGCAGCCUGGGAGGAAAGCGUUCGCUUGCGAGAGCAGAUGUUCUGGUCUCGUAUCGGUGGUGGAGUUGUCCCAGCUAGCCAUUCUGUGGCGUCAGGGCUGGACAAGAGCCCUCGAUUGGGCCACGAGAGUGAUGUGAAAGAAGAGGCUGCAACGGUGGCAACAACAAUCCCAGAGGACGCCUUUAAAAAAUCCAACGAGGACAACACCCCGUCUGAAGAUAAGGGAACUUCAGAGAAUAUGGAAGCACCGCUUACCAGGCCGGAAACCCCAUGCGUCAGUAAUCGAAGUUCAUUACAAUCGCUGUCUCCUGAAAAGGCUGCCGGCGGAGAGAAAGACGAGGGAAAGAGACUGUCUCUCACUAUUCCCAGCGAUCAGGAGUUGCCUGCGAGCACACCAUCCGAUUAA